GGUAAGAUUGGAAAAUACUUGAUGAAGAAUGUUGAAAUUCCAUUGGCUUUAAGUUUUCUUCCCACUAUUAAGCACGAGUUAAGUGGUGCACAAACGACUUGGGAUGUCGUUCAGCGACUCAUCGAUUCUCAACCCGUAAAGGACUUGCUUCCGCAGUCUAUAUACGCGGAUAUUAUGGUGUUGGCAUUUGAUGAGCAUGUAGCUGCAAGUGGUGGAGAGGCUAGAGGAGGUACCGUCGUAGGAAGCAGCAGUACGGUACGGCAUUCUGAUGCAGCCGCCACCGAUGAUAGGGAUCACGACGAUAGGGACCACGACUAUGAUGAGUGAGUGAUGUGUUAGACUUUUUGGUAACUUUUGUGGACUUUUGGAUUGUGUUAAACAUAUUAUGACCUCCUGAUUAUGUAGACUUUUGGAUUGUGUU